AUUACUGUCGUGUGUCGGUUCAUCUCGAUCGGAUGGGAUAAUCUCGCAUAAACGUGUUAGGUAAAGUGCGAGAUACGAAACGUGCUGUCAUGUCGCAUUUUUGCGACGCGAUGAGUAACGGGAAGUUGUAUAACAUCUCAUCGCGGUAGGGAUACUCGCGUUUUUCGUUCCCGUUCACUCACCCGGUUGUCAGCUGCGACGAUAACACCAUGGCUUGGCUCGGCACGAUCGCGAACAACGUGCUGCGGAACAUCGUCUUCACGGACACGCCGCCGAACGUGGUUCUGGAGGUCCGGCCGGACCAGUACAGCAAUCGGCACAUACACUCCCGCGAGGACGGCAUUGUUCUCUACGGGCCCGGCGGUAAGAAAAAUCAGGAAAAAUACGAGAUCGUCCUGCACAGGCCGUGCACGGAGACCCUGCAUGAAGCGUACAGUCUGUUUCGAUCUGAAACUCUACAAGGUGCGGAGGAACGAUUUUCAAUAUAUAAAGACAAAGUCCCUGUGCUUGUGCAGAUAGUGCGUGAGAUGUGCAGUGUUGGAAAAAUUCAAAAACUCUGCGACACUCUCACACAACACCCAACGUGGACUUUAGCACAUCUAGCCGCGUACUUUGCCCUCCACGACGCGUUCACGCAUGUGAUCGUCAACAGCCAACUCAACAGUGGCGAUUCGGAGACCGGUAUCUCGCCCCUGCAAGUCGCCAUACAAACACACAACCUGCGCACCGUCGAGAUGCUGAUAGCGGCGAAGAGUUCGCUGGAGCAUCUGGAUUACAAUGCGAAUACCGUUUAUCAUUACGCGGCUACGUCUACUAAGGAGAUCAUUCUUGCUCUGGGUCCUGGUCUUCCAAACAGUUUAAAUAGUCGUAACAGCAACGGUCACACCCCUUUACAUGUCGCAUGCCUGAACGACAAGCCUGACUGCGUGAGAGCGCUCCUGUUAAUCGGCGCCGACGUAAACAUACCCGCUUCCGAGGGUCAGCCCUCCAGUCCCGGCUACGUCGGCGAUUACCUGCAGCAGAACAAACCGAACGUGCUUCACCCGGAGGAUAUGAAGUUCGGUGGCACGCCGUUGCAUUGGUCGCGUAGUCGCGAGGUGAUCACGGCGCUGAUUGACACCAACUGCGAUAUCGACGCGCCCAACUUCAACGGGCGUACCGCGCUACACGUGAUGGUGAUGCGCAAACGGCUGCCUUGCGUGGUCGCUCUGCUGAGCCACAUGGCAUCCGUCAACAUCGUCGACAACGACGGCAACACACCGCUGCACCUUGCGGUUGAGGCAGAGACACCGGCCAUCGUGCAGGCGCUCAUCGGUUUCGGCUCCGACAUUGACGCGCAGAACUGGAAGGCGGAAACACCUAGACACAAAGCGAACGUGGACACCACCGAUGGCAACAAGAUAAUCUACAUGUUGCAUGCGGUGGGCGCGCAGAGGUGCCCGCCAGAAAUGGCGGGUUGUCAUCUCGGCUGCAAGCACGGCGAGAACUAUACUGGUAUUGCGCCAGAGGAACCACCACAUUAUAUACCGCGCACGAUUCUCGAUCAAAUGCUUCACGUUUCCGGCAUGGAGAAGAUGGCCGAGCACGGAAACCGUAAGCGAAUCAAGGGCGGUAGGCUACUUUGUCUCGAUGGCGGCGGUAUUCGGGGACUAGUGCUUAUACAGACGCUACUGGAGAUCGAAUCGGUGCUGCGCAAACCCGUGAUGCACUGCUUCGACUGGAUCGCCGGCACGUCCACCGGCGGUAUCCUGGGACUCGGCCUCGCCGCUGGUAAGUCUCUACGGGAAUGUCAGGCACUCUACUUUCGUAUUAAGGAGAACGCCUUCGUGGGUUCGCGGCCUUACAACAGCGAAGGUCUGGAGAAGGAGUUGAAGGAAUGCCUCGGCGCUGAUACCGUCAUGGCCGACAUCCAAAUACCAAAGAUAAUGAUCACGGGCGUGCUCGCCGAUCGUAAGCCCGUGGAUCUUCAUCUAUUCCGCAACUACGAGGCGCCCAGCGCGAUCCUGAAGUUGCCGGAGAGCUCGAUGUUCAAACCGACAUUGUCGUCGCGGGAGCAGUUGCUUUGGAAAGCGGCGAGAGCGACCGGUGCGGCGCCGUCGUACUUCCGAGCGUUCGGCCGUUUUCUGGAUGGCGGUCUGAUCGCUAAUAAUCCCACCCUGGACGCCAUGACGGAGAUCCAUGAAUACAAUCUGGCUCUAAAGGCUACUAAUCGCGAGAAGGAGGUGAUACCACUGUCGCUGGUGGUCUCCCUCGGCACAGGAACCAUACCGACCACGUAUGCCCUGAAUGAGAUCGACGUUUUCCGACCGGACAGUCUCUGGGACACCGCCAAACUCGCGUUCGGUAUCUCGGCGCUUGGCACGCUGCUGGUCGAUCAGGCAACAGCCAGCGACGGCCGUGUAGUCGAUCGCGCUCGCACCUGGUGCUCCAUGAUCGGUGUACCGUACUAUAGAUUCAGUCCGCAUCUAUCGACGGAAGUCGCCAUGGACGAGAAGAGCGAUGAGAUAUUGGUGAACAUGAUCUGGACAGCGAAGGCGUUCAUGCACGCGAAUCGAGAUGUGGUGCAGGAACUGGCAACCAUAAUCGGGCGCGACUCCAGUUUGGAGGACUAAGAAGAAGGACUUUAAGGGGACGUCGUCGAAAAGAAAAGUACCUGGUUGCAGAAUCACGUCGCACGCACAUACACAUUCACGCUUGGUAUAAUUAUAUCGACGAUUUACCGCUGGCUCGGUUAACGAUUAUGUAAUUAGCCUAGCAAUUAUCUCGUUACGUAGCGUGUAUUAUAGUUACUUCUUCACCGCUACUUGCCGCCGAUGUCUCGACAAAUGUGAUAUUAGAUUGCCUUUUUUCCUCCGCUCACGUUAUAGACAGCGUGAUUUGCGAGAUGUUCACAUGUGCUCGUACAUAUCUUUUUUUUUUCUCUCAUAAUUCUAACUCAGUGGAGAUUACAUUUUUCUCCUAGUCACUGGAAAUCUCGUGGAAUGGUACACAUAAGUUAGUAUACAUAUUUUUUAUAUAAUUUAUAAAUCUGUAAGUUCAGUGUUUAAAAUGGUUUAUAUCGUUCCUAUUUUUCUGCAAAUAGUCUCGAAGAAUAUGAAUGUCGCAUAUUGAGUCGUAACUCAAGAAUACUUAGGUAAUAGAUCUGAUUUAUUUGUAUUGUAAACAAAUUUAAUGACAGUUAAAAGGUUACCUGUUCUCAAACCUAUUGUGUGUUGACUCGUAAUAUAUAUUCAAACAUAGGUAAAUAGCUAAAUGGCACGCGCGUAGCGCGCGCCUGUAAUGUCUAAUAAAUUAAAAAAAAAAAGGUUACAAAGCAAUCGAAUAAUAUGUCUCGCUUUGUAGAAUAAAGUUAAGUAACUGAA